CUGACUGAGUGUGCCAGUACACAGAUGCCAUUGUUUAGUUGAGGUUUCUUAGCAACCAAAGCAACACAAACAUUGACUACCAGAAGUUUGGAGCUGCACCCUAUUUUCAGAGACAAAACUACCAUUCAUCACUCAGAUACGUUUACAGCACCAGACUCCCAGGGAACGACAGGAGAAAGGAGCCACAAUCAAAUAAAUCAAGACCCAUUCAACACUGAAUUUACCAAGACACUGACAAAAAGCAGCCCACGCUUUGGGGCCUUGAGUCACCACUCAUUCUUCUCCCGGCACAACCCUCGUCCACACCAGGUGACACAUAUUCAAGCACUGUUUUCAGAAGCCUGGAGGGAUGAACUUAAAGAACUUGUUGCAAAAGUCAAUCUGUCUUUUCGAGCACAAUUGGGGAAAAAAUGAGGACCAACCUGAGGAUGAAUUUGUGCACCAAAAGACUCAGUAUUCAGCUGAUACUGGGAGAAUCAUCCCUCCAUCCAGCAAGUCUUACCUGCACAGAUCUCAUUCCCAGCACCUAAAGUAUCCUCAACCCUUCCAGGAUCAAGAACUCACGGUUUUGGAGCUGCUCUGUCAGAUCCUGCAGACAGACUCGCUGUCCACAGUGCAGCAGUGGCUUCUGCUUGCAGGCCAAAGAGAGAAGGACCUUGUGAUGGGGAUGCUCAGACGAGCUCUGGACGCCGUCGACCUCUCAGGCCGUCGUAACCAGCGAACCUUCCAGCAGCUCCAGGCUUUUCAUCCAGGUGCAUCUCCACCAGCGUACAGUCCAUCAUUUGACCAGCCGUGGAGAAAACCCUGGAGAACGAGCUCAUACAAAGCGAAUCCGAUUUCCGGCGAUGACAAACCAGACUAUCCGUCACUACCUGGACCCCCUGUGGCAUCAGCUAGGAGCAAAGACCAAGGCUCUGGUUCAGGACCUGAAGGUGCUGAGGGUCCUCCUGCUCUACCUCACCCAGUACGACUGUGUCACCUUCUUCAAUUUGCCAAACAUUUACUGGACUGAUUUAAAUAUUAAAAUCACUCCUUUCUAAUCCUUUGCUGUACGUUCAAACCUGAGGCCUUAAAUAGAAACACACAAGUAUCUGAUUGAAGGAACUUCUGCAGAGUCCUGGUUCCAGAACAUGAUGAUAGAAUUAUAGACAAACUUUAACAAAAGCUGCCUGAGAGUUUACAGGUUUUUAUGUUAGAUUUCUUCAGUAAUAUAAUGAGAGUUAUCAGCAAAAAUCAAGUGUUCAUUUGAUGAACUUCAUUUCCUAAAACAUACACAAUUGGAGCUCAUAUCUUUGGCAGCUGUAAAGUUUCUGCUCCUUCAAAGUUCAUAACACAAUGAAUGAAUUCCUAAAACACUCUCAAUGCUGGAGAGCGUUUGUGAUGCUGAAGCAGUGAGCAGUUUUUCUGUUUCUUCUCUGGAGAUGCACAAUGAGGGACGUCUGCAGAGACUGAGAAAGAGUCUCACCACAUCCUGACAUGAGGAAAAAGACUUUAUUGAAGACUACAAUGAGAAAAACUAUCAGACAGCAGACGGCUGCAUUCAAGAGAGGAAGACCAUCAAACAUCCACGUCAGCUGAUGGAGGUCCAAGAGUCUCACCAAACAAACAACCUACAGAGUGAAGACCUCAAAUCUGAUUGGACGGCCUCCUAUUCAGCCACUUUAGGCUGUUAGAUUGUUCCAGAUAAGACAAGUACAAGAUUCUUCAGAGCCGUUCUACCACGAGCCUGACAGGAAGAACUCCAACAGCUACUGAAUGUUCCUGUGGUUCCCUCAAGGCUACAGGAGGAGCCCUACGAGGACGAGCCGGUCCACCUGAUGGUGGCCAGUCACUGCGGUUCAAAGCCAACACCGACUACGUGGACUUCUACUGGACCACAUGGAGGCCUUCAAACCGGACCAACAAGUUCACCGACUCCCCGACUCGUGGGUCUGAGGACGCCGCCGAGCCUCGGCCCAGCAGGCCUCCUGUCUGUGGGUGUUUGAGUGCUGAGAGGUUUGUGGAUGCAUGUGAACGUUCUGUGUUGAAACAGCAGCUUUGGACUCAGUAACGCCAGGAAAAACCAAGAGCUCCUUUAUUUGUGACUUCCACUAAAAAAACUGAAGAAAAUAAGUUUGCCAGG